AUGUCAGUUCCUCGUUUCGUUGGUGAUACUGACGACGAGCACUCAAUACAUCUCAAUAGUCAAGUUGGGAAAGCUAUGCCAUUACCAAGAGAGCCACUGUUAAACUACACUAGAUCACCAAAUCAACGAAUGCGAAAUAGUUACAAUUCAUCACCCACACCACCUCCAACACGAGAACAAAAUAUGUCAAGAAUUGAAGAAGAAAUGCUUGAUACUUUAGCAGCUGAAACAGAUAGUGAGUAUGAAGGGGUAGACUACGAAAAAGGCUUUCAGACAUAUAUUCUUGAAGGUCAUAGUUUUGAUGAAACUGAUGAGUCCGAUUACGAUUACGAACCUAGAGCUUCACCAUAUGAAGAUGAAGACUAUCGUUAUGAGUACCACUAUGAGGAUGACGAUAAUGAUGAUUAUUAUCAACGUGACUUACAGAAACUUCCAAAUGGGAUUCACAGAACAGGUAGUGAGACAAGAGAUACUUCUACUUCAUCAUUAUUCGAUCAGAUAGGAAAUAUGAGGCGACAAACGAGAUCUUCCACGUCCCGGCAGAGAGAUUUCUCACCAACCCCACCAUCAUCAGACGAAUAUCUUAAAGGAGACUCUUAUUAUGAAAAUGAGGGAGAGGUUGAAUCUCCACUGCCACUACCUGAAAAUAGAGUAUCAAAAUCAUUCAAUUGGAUAAACUUCCUAAAGCUUAUAUUUGCUUCUUUCAUACUUUGCUUAUUGGUAUAUGUCCUAUUUUAUGGUGAAAAGUUUACUACCCCAGAUCUGGUUAUCUGGGGUGGUAGACUGGUUAGUCAAUAUGAAAAAAGAAUUACACAGUUGGAAAUUGAGAAUCAACAAAAUAAAGAAGGAAUCAAUAGCUUGGCAAAUGAUGUCAAUUUUAUUAAAGAUAGAUUAAGUGAUACCCCUGUAUCACUGGUAAAUCAUCAAGUACAAAUCACACCGGAAUUCCACCAGUUUUUGUAUAAAUUUAUUGAACAUUAUAAAGGCAACGAUGAGAAUAUAGAAGAGAAGAUGUCCAACUUUAUGAAUACGAAAUUGUCCUCUUUGAAUAUCACUAGGCUCGAAGAAGUUAGUUCUGAAAUUCAAAAAAUCAAAUCUGGCAAUUAUACUGAACAACUAAUAAACAAUAUUAUAUCCAGCUUACGGCCUCAACUGGAGUCCCACAAGCAAGAACUUUUGGAAUUUACGAACUCCGUGCUAAGUAAAUCAUUGGAUCAUCUCCAAGAAGAAAUGCAACUCCGCCUCUCAAACAUGCUUGCUGAUUUAACAAUACUAAACAACACUGUCUAUACAACCCCAAAAGCUAAUGAUAUCUGGGUACGCUCGAUGCUUGAUUUAAUUUCACAGGGAUCAAGAAAAGUUAACUAUGCCGAUGCAUCACUUGGUGCCCGAAUACUAGGAUACUUUCGUACUUUACCACACCCGCUUAAGGCCCUAUGGUGGUAUAUGUUUCCCCACGAUGGCGUUUACAAUGCCAACCAUGUCAUCAUAGAUGAUGAAUCCGUUUGGGAACCGAAUACUGCCAUUAAAGAAUUAGGCAUAUAUUUGUCUCAAUCUAUCAUUCCUACUGAUUUGCUUGUUGAGUUUGAAGAAAUAUCCACUGGCCACCAUUCCUCCGGUACUAUUUUAGAAAUUGGACUCAAACCGGCUAAGACAUCGGAUUUUGCUAAAUUGAGGAAUUUCCAAGGAUUUGACCUUUCGAAGACCAGAGAUGGAAAAUAUCUCAGUUCUUUUAAAUUACUCAAAAAGGUUAAAAUAAAACCGGGUUUGGUUCACGUGAGUCUACCUAUGGGAUUCAUAAAUUUACAAGUCACGGGAAGGCAUAUGUACUUUAAUUUCAAAACUAAUCCAGAAUCUGCUACUCUUAGGGUCAGGAAUGUUAAAGUAUAUGGGAUAACUGAAUUAGAUGCUGUGAAACAUGCCGAUAGGUUUAAGUUAUUAGUCGACCGAUUCAAUGAAGCUGAAGAUUAUAGAGAUGACGCGGUGGUGAAUGAUGGGAAAUAUACGGGGAAAAUUGAUCAUGUUGAGCAUUAUGACCUCAACAACGACAUUUAUUUGUAA